CAUUUCGUCUUCCUCAUUCUCUCUCUAGGGUUCCUCUCUAUCCCCUCUAUCCUCUCGAAUCACCGCUCGAUUCACCUACCCAUCGCAGAGCAAGCUCAGAUCCUCAGCGGGGAAUCAGCAGAAUUCUCAAUCGGAGACAAAUCUCAGAACCCCUAGGGAACUCUUAUUUUUCUAAGACAAUCACAAUGCCAAGGAAGAAACAAGAUUGCGCGCCAUCAUUUGACGCUGGCAUCACCCGCUAGACUCGUCAAACUGGAUGUAUGGAUGAGUGAACCCCAGCACAAGAUGAUACGCGAUAUCAAUUUUGGUGGACUACUUACAUCCCAUGCCCCACAAUACCAGCUGAGUUUGCAAACUGGCUUUUUGUUGAGUGUUUUGAUCCCGAAGCUUCAGAGUUAGUGUUUCCAGGACGUGGUAGAAUUCCCGUCACACCAGAUUCAGUUGCUUGUAUUUUCAAUUUGCUAAAUAAAGGGGGGAAGGUGAUGUAUGAGCUUGAUGUUGACGCAAUAAACUCCAUACAGAGCAAGUAUGACACCAUUCAUGGAUCAGCACCAAAGAUUGAACAAAUAAUGGAGAUGCUGAAAAACAGCAAGACUGCAGACGAAGAUUACCUGAGAGGUUGGCUGAUGAUAGCUAUUUCAACAUUCUUGUGCCCACCGACCAGCUUGGCAAUAAGCCCUCGAUGCUACCCUGCCUUAGUCGACCUCUCAGCUGUGAAGAAGUUGAACUGGUGUGAGUUCGUGGUGAAUCAGCUGAAGGAUGCAGCUAUAAAGAUGAACAAAAAAAAUUCUGUGAGGGGUUGCAUUCUUCUACUUGUUAUUUUGUAUGCAGACUCACUAGAUCUUCCUAAUAUACAAGUCCUCACUGGUACUCCAAGGGUCUCUGUUUGGACAGGGACACUUAUUGAUCAGGUCAUCAAGCUGGACAGAAAUCGCAAUGGCUCUUUCGGCAAACUGAAGUUGAAACAAUCUCAUCAUUCAGUGGGGGCAGGUUUCAGUCUGCAGAUGGAUGAUAUUAGCAGAUUUGUAACUUCAAAAGUGCCAAGACAGCUAGCAGAGCCAAUAUCUAUCUAUUUUUUGUUACAUGUCAAGGUCUAUGUAGGUUAAUGCUACAAGUAAAGCAAUUAUUUUAGAAUGGAAUGCAGCAUCCCCACACCCCCAAGCUCAUGGUCUAUGUAGGUUAAUGCAGCACGGGAACGCAGCUUGAUGAUUUCAUCCAACCUUUUCUUUUUUUGUAGAAGAAAAGGAAAAUCUGCGAAGCUGUAAGCAAAGCCCUCAGCGGUGUCACAGAGAUUCUAGGCACAUUCAUCCAAGAUUUGUGUGCCGCAGAAGAAACUGCUAUAGCAAGUACUAGUAGACCCAAGCGCAGGAGGGUAUUGAAACACGAUGAUGAAGAAGAAGAAUCUGAGGAUCCAGACUACAAAGAAGAUGAGACAGAGGAAGAAUCUGAGGAUUCAUACUACAGUGAAGAAGAUGGUAUGGAGGACAACAGCGAUGAUGGAAGCAUAGGACCGCCCCCUGAGGGUGAACCUGCUGGUGUAGAUGCACCUGGGGAUGCCCCAUAUAUAGAAGAAAAUGAAGAUCUCGUUCCACUCAGCACAAGGCUAAAAAGGUUUCAGUCCAUUGCAACAAAAAAUGUACAAGGAAGUUCUGCAGCAGCACCUCAAGGAAUAGCUGAAUGUUUACCACCAGAGAAAUCUCCAGUAGUGCAGAAACUAGGCAACGUUGAUGCCAGACAUGCAAGACUAAAGCUGCCAGACAUCCCAACUAGUGUAGCUAAAGCUGACAAGAACAAUGUUGCAACUAACAAAGGUUGCAGCUCCAAGAAGAGUGUGCCAACAGUCAGCAAGCAUCACAUUGCCACUCCAAGAACUAAUGCAGUUCAAGAUGACAAGAACAAUAACACCACAAAACAAUCCAGCAGCACACCUGGGAUGGAUAAAGCGAGAGCUAAUGUUGUACUAGAGUCAGCAAGCAGCUCCAAGGUCCGCCCCUGGGACUUCCCUGUCGACGUCCCUGAGUUUGAUAUCAUGAAGUCAAUUGAAGAGGCCACACCCCUUGAGACUUGCCCACCCACACCUCCUACCGGCAAAACCGAUUCUAUAUGGACACUGGACGGCCUACCUGACGAGGAAUAUUUAUUAUGGGAAGCGGAAGCUAUUCGGGUUCAUGAACAAGCAAAAGCAAAGCAACACAAAGGCUCAACAUCAAACUCACAAAGCAUAGAAGACCCUACAAGCAACAAGUGCUACAAUCCAAUUUCAGCACCAAACAACAAGCCAACAAUGCAUGCAGCACCAACCCCACAAGCAGCGGGGAUAACUGCUGCUGCAUCAGUAGAGGGUGAUUCUUCUAUCACACCUUUGUGUGUUCCUCCACCGAGAAGAGCAUUCAAACUGGGUGCAGCAUUGCAAUCCCCGUACGUUCCGAUUGAGCCAAGGAGAAUGCCCUUCAAGUGCAGCAAGGAAGUGUGCAAGGUAUAUGAUGCCGUUUGCAUGUUUGCUAGAAGGUUCACCAGGUCGAAGAGCAGCGAGCAACCCAUAAUAAACUACAUUUUCAACUUCGCUUCAUUGGGCCAUCUUGCAGACUCAGUUAAACCAGGUGGGAAGCUAAAGAAUACUGUCGCAGAGAUCGGCAUCUAUGUCAUUAAUGGCAAGAAGAAAAGGGGAGCCACAAGACAGGUUCUACCACUUCACGUUUCAACAUUUUUGCAGCACAACCAAAGUGGGAUGGCAGCCGUAACACAAGUGUUUAAGAAGGAGUCAAACCACCUGGACCACAGACAACUGAUUCUCUUCCCAGUUCUACAAAAGCUAGUACAGUCUGAUGAACAUUCCGGGCAUUACUUUCUGAUUGUGCUUAAUUUGCGCAAUAAAAGGUUUGAAGUGUUGGACUCUAUGAGGAAUCUAGAAAACGGGAAGCUGGCUGAAUGUUGUAACAAGAUCACCAAUGCAAUAAAAUCUCUGUGGAAGAUAUAUUAUCUUGACACAAAAAACCCAAUCGACAAAUACGAAAUUGUGGAUAUUCCAAUCCCAAAACAGACAAACAACCACGACUGCGGGUUCCACAUGCUGAUGAACGCAGAGUAUUAUGAUGGGCGCACAGUGUGCAAUAUCCAAGAGGGUGACAUGCCCAGGAUUCGAAAGAUUUUGACACACAAGUGGGUGACCUAUGAUGAAAACAACACAGACUGGGAAGAGAUGCUAAACCUGGAAAUGACACUCAAGGGUAAAGAGAAGGCAUGAGCAGCACUGCAAACUAAUGAUGGAUGCAGGCUGGAGAGGCAAUUUAGAACCAUGCAGUCCUUUUUUAGUUUGUGAAUGGACUAAAACAUGAUAGCUAUUCCUCGGUUUGGAGUCAAUUCAGAUCUACCUGUGUGGGGGGGGGGGCAACCCUAAACCAAACUUUUUCUGGGUGAAUCUGAUGAAUAAUGUUCAUACAGA